AUGGAGACGUUUGAUCUGGUCCUCGUUGGAGCCGGGUGGCACGGCCUGGCAAUGGCGAAAACAUACUCUGAAAUCUGUCCCGAAUCCAGCAUGCUCAUCUUGGACUCCUCCAAUUCCAUCGGCGGGACCUGGGCCCAAGAACGGUUAUACCCCGGGCUCAAAACUAACAAUAUAUUCGGUUCGUACGAGUUUGGCGAUUUUCCAAUGACGCCCGAGAAGUACGGGCUUGAACCGAUGCAGCAUAUUCCUGGCAACGUGGUGCAUGACUAUCUGUACCAGAUCGCCGCAAAAUUCAAUCUUUUAUCGCGCAUACGACUUCAGACGAAAGUCGACGCUGCGGAGUUGCAAGAAAGCGGAGAAUGGCUCCUUCGUCUGUGCACGGCUGGAGCCCAAAAUCGUCAGAUCCCUAGCGUGAUGGCCAAAAAGGUCGUAAUUGCCACUGGACUGACCUCCGAACCAUUCAUCCCAAACUAUGUGGGACGGGAAAGCUUCGCGGGCAAUUUCCUCCAUUCCCGCAACCUGAAAGAUCACGAGCAUGACAUUAGGACGUCGAGGGAAGUGGUUGUGGUGGGCGCUAAUAAAAGUGCCUGGGACGUCUGCUACUUUGCUGCAACUUCGGGUGCACACGUCAAUAUGGUUAUCAGACCGGGUGGCGGGGGCCCAAGCUGGGUGUGGCCUGCCGUGUUCUCGCCCAUCAAGCUCUCUAUUCAGAGACUUGCGAACACCAGGUUCUUCACUCUCUUUGAACCCUGCAUCUGGGCGGAAGGCUCUGGGUUCAACUGGGCUCGGAGACUCUUGCAUGGGACUUGGCUUGGUCGGAAAAUCGUGUCUUUAUUCUGGAAAGCCCUUGCCUAUCCUGUGCAUAGCGCAAAUCGCUACAGCAGCCAUCGUGAAUUGGAGAAACUGAAGCCGUGGAGCUCGAUGUUUUGGAUGGCCAACUCUCUGGGCAUUCAUAACUAUGAAGAAAACUGGUUCGAAUUGGUCAAGCAAGGAAAAAUAAGUGUUCAUGUCGCUGAUAUUACGUCUCUGUCAGGAAAUAAGGUUGCUCUCUCGAACAGCGAAAUUGUGAAUGCCGACACUCUCGUUUGUUGCACCGGUUGGAAAGUGGUUCCUGCGAUCAAAUUCUUUCCGGAGAGGUUGGCUGCGCAGUUAGGAUUCCCAGGCACCGUCCCGGCAGAUAACGAUACUCUUAUUCAGAGGGCGGAUGAAGAGAUAUUCAGAGCUGUACCAGAACUCCGCUCAGGCCCAGCAAAAGUUCUGCCACCGGGAUCAACAUCUAUCGAUUCAUCGACUGUAAGGGCGACCAAUACAAGCACGCCAAUCCGUUUAUACCGCUUCAUGAUUCCCUCCGCAAGGACUUUCCUCGAGCAACGCAAUCUAGCAUUCAUUGGCGCUCACCUUGCCCUGAAUGCCAUCACGGUUGCACAAGCGCAAGCAUUGUGGAUCACUGCAUUCUUUCAAAACGAAAUUCCUCACUUGGACCCUUCGACAAUCAAUUAUUCAGCCAUUCAAUACCAGACAGUCCUCCACAGCGAGUAUUGUCGACUGAGACAUCCGCCAGCCGGUGGCGGUGCUGGAGAGAGAUGCCCCGAUCUGCUCUUUGACGGGCUCUUGUACACUGAUUUGUUAUUGCGCGAUGUUGGGAUAGACAAUUUCAGAAAGCGCGGUGUUUGGCAAGAAUUGUUUCAUCGGUAUUCGCCCAAAGAUUACGCGGGGAUAACGAAGGAGCUGAGUGAUCGAAUUCGGAAGACCAGGGCAUCCAGUUAA